AUGGUCUUCAACAUUGGCGCUCUGGUCAAGGUGCGAUCACGAAACUACGACUUUCCGCCGCAACGAUUUUACCGUGCUGCCCUCCACUUCUCAAAAGAAGCCUUCGCUCAUAUUACUUUGUCCUCUAUCCAAUCUUUGAUGAUGCUAGUUAUGCAUGGCAUGCUUACGCCAGCAGAGGUAAACUUGUGGACAUUAGUGCAUCUUGGGUUGGCCUACUGUGUCGAGACAGGUAUACAUCGGGAACAAAGCCAGUCGAAUUCAGACGACUUUGCUAUGCUACAAGUCAGACGCUUCACCUUCUUUACCAUCUACUCUUUGGAUAGAUCCAUUUCAUCAAUACAGGGAAGACCCCUUGGCUUUAGGGACGAAACAUUCGACGUGAAGAUACCAGAAGUGUCGUCUAACCCCGAUGAGAACAUGCAGGGACCACUGCCACCAUCAUUCGUUACUGCAGUAACGCAUUACUCGUCAUAUCAUUUCAGAUUGGACCGUAUUGUGUCCGACAUAAAGCUUCACCUGUAUCACCUACCCGGUGAUUCUAGCUUCUUCCCAUGGCCGGACAAUCCCACGGAACAGCAGGCCAGGAUUCGGCAGACUUUGCAAAGUUGGUGGCAGGAAGUCUCUAACGACGCCUUCGAGUAUCCCAGUCUUGAUAACCGGCAACGGGAAGUCUGGAAGAUAAAGCUCAGACUGAAGUACUAUACAACGAUGGUUCUACUCUUCCAACCAUCCCAAGUUAUCCGGCAGCCCGCUUCAGAGGCGCUCCGAGUCUGUUUUGAUAGUGCGGCUGGCAUCCUCGAUGGCUACCAGCGGCUGCACGAUCUCCAUGGCCUUCACUUUGGAUGGAGAGCAGUGCAGAAUAUUUUCGCGGCGGGUGCGACCUUGAUCUACUCAUUCUGGACGUCACAGGCUGUUCGGGAAAGGGCAUCACCAGAGACAAUGUCGAAGAAUUUGCGAAGCUGCUCUACCCUCCUCACAAUUGGUGGCGAAUGGUGGCCGUCUGUAAGGAAUGGUCAAGCCAGCUUUGGGUCGGUCGCAGAUUUGACCAUGAAGAGGCUGUACAUGGCGGAUGUGUCCAACAAAGCUCCUCGACUGACUUUACAACAAACUGCGUCUGUCAGACCAAGAGACGUAAGCGAUAUUGGUGCAACUGGAACUCAGCAUGAGCCUGAGUUCUCAAACGAUACUGGUCAGUCAGCAGCGAUUGACACAAAUGCAGCGUGGCAAAAUCUAGACUUGGAUGUCGGAAGUAAUCCCGACCAAUUUGACUGGCCAGCAAUUGAGGGCGGAUUUGAUCCGGAGAUCGAGAUGUUUCUGGAGGACUUCAACAGAUCCGAUUUUACCUGGAGCUUUCCACUGAAUGGCAAUCAAGAUCUGGACCUCUUGGGACCCGAUCUUAACCCCGGCUUCUGA